CUCUCCCGCCCGAGGCCCACCCACACCGUCAAGAUCUUCGUCGGCAACGUCUCGGCCGCCUGCACCAGCGGAGAGCUCCGCGUCCUCUUCCAGGAGUUCGGGCCCGUCGUCGAGUGCGACAUCGUGAAAGAAAAGGCCUACCAGGAGGCAUUCGGCGCCUGCGCCGAUGACGGAAGAAGGCGUGGCUAGCGCCGGAAGUUGCAGAGGGAACAACAUGGCGCUGAGCUCGGCAGGUCACGACGAGGCCGAGUGGGAGCCGCCUUCCGAGGCCGAGCUGAAGGUGAUCCAGGCCCGGCGCGAGCGGCAGGAUAAGAUCAGCAAGCUCAUGAGCGAAUACCUGCUGAAGGGCUACCGGAUGCUGGGCGAGUGUUGCGACGAGUGCGGGACUAUUUUGCUGCAAGAUAAGCAGAAGAAGUUGUACUGUGUCACCUGCCAGGAGCUUAAUUCCGAUGUGGACAAGGACAAUCCAGCGCUCAAUGCACAAGCAGCCCUUUCCCAGGUACGGGAGCGUCAGCUUGCCACCAACACUGAUGAAAUGGUGUCACGCCCGGAGCAUUGCGAAGGGGCAGCUUUGGGUCUCCGCUCAAGUGCCCCUGACCCAGCCCUCCCAGCGUCCACCGCUGCACCUAAUGCUCUGUUGGCACGCAACACCCUGGCUGCGGCAGAAGAGACCAUUCUACAGAAGAUCGGCUGGGCAAGCCAACAUCUCCAGGAAACUACCUCUGUUGAAAGGAGCAUCCAGCUUUGUUCACUCAUCCGGUCCUGCACGGAUGCUCUCAAGGGCAUCAGGGAGCUGCCACAGUGAGGAUGCCCCAGCUUGUCAUGGCAGUGCCAGGCCUGGAAUGGAAUGUAGGCCAUGCCUGGGGUGCCAAAGGAUUCCCCCCCCCCCCACCAUUCAUCGUAGGAGCUGGGUGAUUUAAAUAAGACUGGUCUUUCCCUUCUGAUUAAAAUGUGAGCUUUUCUUUUUUUUUUGCCUCAUUACAAGUUGUCCUGACCUUUGAAGAAUGUUUCAGAGAAUUUGCACGCAUAGAUCUAUCUAAUCCGGGACAAGGAAAGGAUAGAUAAAAGAGUUAACCUGGCUUGUAAAACAGUUAACCUGGUUUGGGGAAAGAUUAUAUUGCGGCUAGCAACCAUUUUAGGCACCAAAUUCGGGGGCUUAAGUCCAUUCACCAUUCCGCUUGCCAUCCAAAGAUUUCAGGUUAUCAGGAGCUCCCAUGUGUUGUGGUUUGUUUUUUUGUGAAGCAUUAAAACAGUUCAAAUUUCAA